AUGGCCGCCGCGGCGGGAAAGCUGAGCAACGGCAAGGCGCUCGGCUGCUGUCUCUCUACGUCGGGCCCCGCAGUCUCCAAUCUGGUCACGGGCCUCCUCGAUGCGCAGCUGGACCGAGUGCCUGUCAUCGCCCUCACCGGCUGCAAGCCCCGCAGUGAUCAGGGCCACUCCGAGUUCCAGGACAUUGACCAGGCACGGCUACUCGCGGCGGGAGGCCUCGCCUAUUCGAUCACGAUCGCCGACCCAACGCAACUUCUCUCGGUAAUCCGUGAUGCCAUCGCCAUCGCCUUCACGAAGCGCGCCGCCGUGCACAUCGCCAUCCCCGUCGACAUCCAGGUCGCUACCGUGGCGUCGCCGCCGGCGCGCGUCCUCUCAUGCAGCCCUGAGACCCUCCUGCAGCGCGUCAAGGCUGGACCGCCCUCGGACGCGUCGCUCCAACGGCUGGCGGCGCUGCUCACCGCAGAGGGCGAGCGCAUCUGCUUCGCAAUCGGCUGCGAGGCGCGCGAUGCCGGUCCUGAAAUCCUCGCGCUCGCACACCGGCUCAACGCGCCCAUCGUGCGCAAGCUCGUCGAGGUGACCACCGACUCCUUUGGCCUGGCCAUGCAUUUCGAGGCGGAGCUCUCAGUGACCGCAGACGUGGCCACCGUGUGCAAGCGCCUCGUGGAGUUCCUGCCCAAGAGCCUUGCGGAGCUCUCAAGUUCUGCCAUGCACGCAGCCACUGUUGUGUGUGGUGGGCGAUAUGUGUGGUGGGCGUCAAUCGAGCGUGCCGAGGCGAUGGCUCUCGAGACGAACGCCAAUCGCGUGAUCAAGGCUCUCCGCGCACGAGUUGCACGCAAGGCUGGUCUCUCUACAGACGUGGCUGCGCCGCGCCAACCGGCGCCGACGCUCAGAGCGCCCACCGCGAUGCUCAAGACCGUCGCGCGUUCGAGCUACUGCCACCAGGCGCAACUGCUCGCUCGGCUCGGCCCGCGGCUGGGCGCCAACGAUGUCGUGUGCGUCGACACGGGCGACAUCACGCUGUGGACGUCGCUCUCCUUGCGGCUGCGUCGCGGCUCAGUCGUGCUCUCCUCGGAGCGUCUCGGCACGAUGGGCUACGCACUCUGUGCCGGCAUCGUCGCCUCGGCGCAACGCGGCCCCAGCGCAACGGGCAUCGUCAUCGCCGGCGACGGUGGCUUCCAGAUGACGCUCAAUGAGCUCGGAACGGCCAUCCAGAUGAACUCGCGCCUGGUGAUCAUCGUCAUCGACAACAAGGUCCUCGGCCGGGUUGAGUUCGGCUUCAACAACGCCCAGGGCUGCGCCCUUGCCGGUCCCGACUAUCUUGCCCUCGCGCGUGCCUACGGUGCCGACGGCAUUCAGCUCACCGACGAUUCGCAGAUCGACGCAGCGCUCGACGCAGCCUUCGCGGCGAGCGGCGUCUUCAUGCUCCACGUCGUCUCGGACCCAGAUGUGAAGGCGGAGAUGGCGACGUACAAGCCACGGGGCAUCGUCAAGGUCGACUCUGCGUGA